AUGCGUCAGCGAUGUACUAGAAUCUUAAACGUUCGGGAGAAUGGUCGUAUAAUGUAUAUACCUUCAAAGGCUCUCUUUAGACAAAGACAAUGUUAA